AACCCUGCCGACUAGCCGACAAUAUAAUACAAAUGCGCCCAACAUCCGGCAACGACAUACGACGUAUUGUAAAACCAACUUAAGCGUUUGUGUCAGGGAGUUGGCCUGUGCUGCGGCCUUUAUGUUACGUAUGCUAAAAUUGGCAAUACUGCUUUUUAUGUGAAUAUAACCUAUAUAAUAUUUGGUUCGUCCACAUGUUUGCACGUGUUAUUAUUAUUAUCUAAGAAACGUGUUCGUGACAUUUAUUCAUAAUUGCAUUGCUAGAGAAUAAAUUACUUUUAUUUCUUUUUAUAUUUGGAUUAUAGCAAAAUGCAGCACGACGACGUUGUAUGGAGUGUUAUCAAUAAAUCAUUUUGUUCUUUCAAAGUGAACACAAAGACACAGCGAUUCUGUAGAAACGAGUACAAUCUCACUGGUUUAUGCAGUAGAGCUGCGUGUCCUCUUGCAAAUAGUCAAUAUGCCACAAUUAGAGAGGAAAAUGGCAUUAUUUAUCUUUAUAUGAGAACAGCAGAAAGAAUACAUACACCUAAAAAUAGUUGGGAAAAAGUCAAGUUAUCCAGAAAUUUUGAGAAGGCAAUACAUCAAAUUAAUGAAAAUCUGCUUUACUGGCCUGGUUUCAUAAAGGCAAAAUGUAAGCAAAGAUUUCUCAAAAUCACACAAUAUCUUAUUCGUAUGAGAAAGUUAAGGUUAAGACGACAAAAGAAAAUUGUACCACUUCAAAGAAAGAUUGAAAGAAGAGAAAGGCGUAGAGAAGAAAAGGCUCUGAUUGCUGCUAAGCUAGAAAAUGCAAUUGAAAAACAACUUAUGGAAAGGCUGAAGAAGGGAAUGUAUGAGGGUAUUUAUAAUUUCCCACAACGAGUAUUCGAUAAGGCUGUUGAGGCUGUUGAAGUUGAAGGAGAAAGUGAAGCAGAAAGUGAACAGGAAGAAGAGCAGGAGAGAGAACUCGAGAAAGAGGUGGAGAUGGAAUUAGAAACGGAAUUAGAAAAGGAAACUGAGCAAUAUGGUCCAGAAUAUGUUGAAGCUGAUAGUGACGAUGAUGACUACGAAGAUGACGAUAUUGAAGAGCUUUCCAUGGAUGAAGAUAGUGACUCUGGACAAAAGGAAGAAAUUGAAUUAUCUGACAGCUUUGAAUCUGAAGCUAGUGAUAUCGAGGAUUUAGUCAAGCCGUUUACAAAUAAGAAAACAAAAGGACCGAAAGUUGUCAAAAAAGGAAAGGUGCAAAAGAAACCAAGAGCAAAAGUGGAAAUUGAAUACGAAAUGGAAGAGGAGAGUCAACAAAAUAAACGGUCAUGUAGAUAGCAAAACUGUGCUAUAUAAAUUAUCUUUGUGUAAUAAAGUCAAACAACGUUCUAUAUAUUGUAUCCAAUAUUUCGACAAAAUAAUCAUGGUAAGAUAACAUCUGAUAGUAUUUAAACUAUCAAUGUUUCGAGAGAAAUUUUAACUUGCAAAAAUAGAAAAAAAAUUAACAAUAAA